AUGAAUUCUGCAGCAAAGGCAAGGAAAUUAUUAGCAAACGGAUGCACCGGAUAUCUAGCAACGAUUUGUGACAUCUCGAAAGAAAAUCUUGCGAGACCUGAAGAUGUUCAUAUUGUACGCGAAUUUAUGGAAGUAUUUCCAGAAGAUCUUCUGGGAAUUCCUCCUGAUCAUGAAAUUGAGUUUGAGAUCGAGUUGUUACCUGGUACAACUCUGAUUUCAAAGGCCCCUUACUGCAUGGCACCUGCCGAACUGAAGGAACUAAAGACUCAACUGGAGGAACUUUUGGAAAAGAAGUUUAUAAGACCCAAUCAUUCACCGUGGGGAGCCCCAUCAGAAAAAGAACAUGAGGAACAUCUAAGAUGUACGCUGGAAACUCUCAAAAAGGAACAAUUGUAUGCCAAAUUCAAGAAGUGUGAAUUUUGGCUUGAUAAAAUUAACUUUUUGGGACAUGUUGUGUCAAAAAGUGGGAUUUUGGUGGAUCCAGCUAAGGUAGAAGUAGUAAAAGGAUGGUCCCAGCCAAGGAAUGCAACUGAAGUAAGAAGUUUUCUGGGCUUAGCUGGAUAUUAUCGACGAUUCAUAGAAGGGUUUUCCAAAAUUACAACCCCACUUACGGCGCUCACUAGAAUGAAUAGUCGAUUCAUAUGGACGGAAGCUUGUGAGGAGAGCUUUAUGGAAUUAAAGAAUCGACUAACUAAUGCUCCAAUCCUCACCAUCCCGAAUAGUACAGACGAGUUUGAAAUUUUCUGUGACACUUCAAAAAUGGGAUUAGGAGCGGUGUUGAUGCAAGAAGGGAGAGUAGUAGCUUACGCCUCCAGAAAAUUAAAGGAUUACGAGAUGAACUACCCCACACAUGAUCUAGAGUUAGCUGCGGUAGUUUUUGCCUUGAAAAUUUGGAGACAUUAUCUCUACGGAAAAGACGACGACAAGCUUGAUGUUCCUUCAAGCCUUGUCCAAACCGCUACAAUAGGAAGUAGUAAGAUCGGGCAUAGAAGUAGUAGUCGGAGGAUUGUCCAAUCUGAUGUUGGAGUCAAAUUUGCUGGAGGAAAUAAAAGAAGGUCAAGAAUCAGAUCCUCACCUAACCGAGUCAAAGCAAAAGUCAAAGAAGAAAAAGUGAAGAAUUUUAAUGUUUCUGACUCAGGAAUAUUAAAAUUUAAUGGAAGAGUUUGCGUACCUACAAGAGAGGACAUUAAGAAUAAGAUUAUGAAUGAAGCUCAUAACACUCCAUACACGGUACACCCAGGCUCAACAAAGAUGUACGGAAGUUUGAAGGAACACUUUUGGUGGCCUGGCAUGAAGAAAGAUGUAGCCCAAUAUGUAGCUCGGUGUCUUACUUGCCAAAGGAUUAAGGCAAAACAUCAACGACCUGGAGGAGAACGGAAGCCUUUGGAAAUACCAUAA